UGUAAAGCCAAAGCUCUCUUAACCGUGAUUUCAUUUCCAGCAGGUUUAAGAGCCUUUCAGUUGCAUUUCAUCUUUUACUGUGAGCUGCGCCAUUGAUGGGGUUCAUAAAAAGAGGGAGGCACGACCAAGGUAUUUUUCUUGGCUGGAGCGGGAUUUCAGCAGGCAGAGAACGUGGCAGCCCGACAACUCCCAAAAGAAGAUAGGGUCUGAAGGACAACACAGGGAGUACAGUCCACGGCAACCAUGCGAGUUGGAGGAUACCCACGGAGCAACGUCAUCGUGCUCACACUGACUGCACUGGUCCUGAUGGAGGUCUGCGGGGUCCAGGGCUGUUGGGUUGGCUCAGGGUCAGAGUGUGAGAAAGCCCCUUUUGUCCCGGGCCACAACCUGGCAGGAGAAGGUUUCGAUGUAGUGCGGAUGCGUCGCACGGGGGCAUACGUCAUCAAUGUCAAAGCACAUCUGGCCGACAACCACACCUGUACACUGUGUCCAAACCGCUUUCAAGCAGGACAGAUUCAAAAGCUCCCAGCUGCAGUGCUGGACUGGCGACCUUUCAGCCGCUGCAGUAAGCAGCUUUCUAGUGCCCUCUACCACUCGGUGGACUCCCUGCUGCGGAGUUCCAGCUCCAUGGUCAACAAUAACUGGGGCUUGGGCUUGAGUUUAGAAAAUGUCGGCAAGGCAGUGCUGGGAGGAAGCCGCUCAGACUUGGCAAAGUUUGCCCGUUCGCAGCACAGCGUGGACAAGGCCACUUUUGCCAUGCAUGAAAUCAGUUGCACCUACUACAGCUACAGACUGGCCGACCAUCCCCAGCUGAGUGCAGAGUUCACAAAGCAUCUGAAGAGACUCCCACAGAGCCUGAAUACCAGCCAGAACAGAGCCUUCUACAGGCGGCUGAUAGACACCUACGGGACGCACUACAUACACCAGGUCCAGCUUGGUGGUAAGGUGAGGCGAAUCACCGCCUUCAGGACCUGCCUGGCCACACUGAAGGGUUUCUCUGAGUCGGACAUCAAAAACUGCUUGAACUUUGAACUCCGAAUGACCCUGGGUUUCCUCCCUGGCAAUGCCUCCUUGUCCAACAAGUGCGAUAACCUCCUGAAGGGCAACAUGAGCAUGGGCUUCUACCAAGGCUUCAUGACCCAUAAGAUCGAGGUGAUCGGCGGGGAGAGGUAUUUCCCUGACAUCCUCUACCAGGAAGACCCAUCUGAAGCAUACCAGAGCUGGAUGGGCAGCCUUCACGACAACCCUGAUGUGGUUUCCUAUGCCAUCUUCCCUCUGCACCACCUGGUAGAGGACUCCCAAAUCAGUGUGAAUCUGAAAAGCACCGUCACAGAGUAUAUUAAAGAUAACCAGCUGCAGGAGGACCAGGCUCAUUUCAAGAACUGCUCCCCGACUCCCAACCUGGACCACAACUGCUGUCCUCUGCGGGCCGGCAGGGGAACUCUCAGACUGGAGAUCCACAGGGCGGCAGGUCUGAGGGCAGACACCUUCACCAAAACAGACGCCUACGUGAAGAUCUUCUACAACGGCGUGUACGAGGAGACCAAGACGGUGAUGGACAACAACGACCCGGCGUGGAACGUGACCUACGACUUUGGAUCGGUAGAACUGGGUCAGUCGUUGAGGUUUGAGGUCUGGGAUCGAGACGUGUUCUACAAUGACGUCGCGGGUAUAUGCGUCGUCUUCCCCGAGCGAGGAACUCACGCUCUGAGCUGUCAGCUGAGCAAAGGAGUGCUCUACUUCACCUACACCAUCAGGUGUGACGCUCACCUGACAGGAUACAGGUGUGGGCGGUACUCCCCCAAUGCCGAGUAGAUUAUUGGAUUACAACGCGUUUAUGCAGAUUUCAGCAUCAGGUGUCACAUAUAAGAGCCAAGAGCCAGUCAAUUUGUCAACAUUUUGGAUGGUAAACAAACUCUCCCUUUUCUCACAUACUUGUGUAAUUGUUGGGCAGUUGUCUUUUUAUAUGAAAUACUUUUAAUUUGUCAGUAUUGACGAACCAAAGUUUAAGUCUUAGUGAAUCUGCUGUACGUAACAAAAUAAAGUUAUUCUAAUGGAAGACAUUUAGGCUACUGUUGUCUCGAGUCAGAUUCAACCGAGUUUAUAGAUAAUGUAUCGAAAACCACAAGGGAAACAAAACUCACUCUUUUAUUUGAAGUGGCUGAUGUCUAUAUAUAUAUAUAUAUGUGUGUGUGUGUGUCAUGUACAGUAACAAAAGCAAAACACUGAAAAUAAUGAUCUUAGCAGACUGCCAAUCAAAAAUAAAACUCAAAAAGGG